CAUGUCUCAGAUAACGCGCACGGUGUAAAAUCACUACCACGGUUUAUAUAUUACUAUAUAUAAGUCAGCGUCCACUUAUAAACACCGAUCCAUUCUGGAGCGUCUACUUCCUGUAUCCGUGUGACGUCAUCGGAUUGCGGAAGUUACAAACAGACCAUAAUAAUAACAAUCAGACACAGAAGAUGGACAAAGCAGACAUUCAUCUGCAGUUUACAGACUUUGAUGAUGAUGGUGGAGGUGAUGGAAGCACGUCGGUCAGGAUGGAGGACGAGGGCUUCGGUAAACCUCCCACCCAGCGGCGAGGGACGGCAUCAGAGGAGGAUGAGCUGCCAGAGGGUGAUGAUCAGACCCAGCUUCUCAGCGGUGAAAAGAAAAGUGCUGCUUUCUGGACUCUGGAGUUUUAUCAGGCUUUUUUUAACGUGGACACGUCCCAGGUGUUGAGCAGAAUUAUCAGCUCUGUGCUGCCAUGGCGAGGAAAAAACUUUGUUCGCCUUCACCUCAGGAACAACCCUGACCUCUACGGUCCGUUCUGGAUCUGCGCCACACUGGUGUUUGCCAUCGGUGUGAGCGGGAACCUGUCCAGCUUCCUGGUCCACCACGGACAGCCGAGCUACAAAUACGUCCCCGAGUUCAGGAAAGUAACGAUGGCUGCUACAGCGAUCUACAGCUACGCCUGGCUGGUUCCUAUGAUGCUGUGGGGCUUUUUAUCAUGGAGGAGCAGAAAGAUCUCCAGUAUGAUGUCCUACUCCUUCCUGGAGAUCGUGUGUGUGUAUGGAUACUCGCUCUCUGUCUACAUUCCUGCUGUGGUGCUCUGGGUGAUACCGAGUGAGGCUCUACGCUGGAUCUCCAUCCUGGUUGCUCUGUGUUUGUCCGGCUCGGUUCUGGUGCUGACGUUCUGGCCGGUGAUGAGAGCCGACAGGCCGCGAGUCGUCCUCACUGUCCUGUGUGCCGUCGUCACGCUGCACGUUUUACUCGCCAUCGGCUGCAAGGUGUAUUUUUUCAGUACCUAUGAAACUGAAGCUGCUGUAAAACCAAUCGUACCCACAAAGACACACUGAUGUCCUACACUAGAGGUUCUCUUGUUGCCUCGUUUCCAGAAAGCCAGAAUCGGGUUUCACACAGACAAGGUUGAAGGUCAUCAGAACGACACAAGAUCAGUAGUCUGCGUGCGUGUGUGUGUGUGUGUGUGUGUGUGUGUGUGUGUGUGUGUGUGUGUGUGCGUGCGUGUGUGUGUGUGUUUCACUGAGUUACUGCUGUAACUUUGAGGGGUUUGUUACUUUUAUGUUUUUAAUGGAGCGUCAGAUCCGUCACUGCUCUGACUCUGUGGUGUUUACAGGUUUGGGUGAAAAAUUAAAGGGUGAAUGUUUAUGUGAACAGGUUUGUGUUAAAAUUAAACUAAUGUCUUCCAAAAGAGAUUAAUAAUAAUAAUAGUGAUGAUGAUGAUGCUGUAUUCAUCAUGUUGCUCAGUCUGAAUGUCAAACUUCCUACUAGGUUUUUAAUAUGUAAUGAGUAAUUUCUCAUGACACGUCCCUUCAGUGUUCGGCUCCAACGGUGUGUGUUUUCUCUUUAAACACUUUACACACACCUACUUUGCUUUACAAUAAACACUUUUCAUGUUAAAAUCAA